AUGUCUUACACUAAGGCCAAUCACAACGUCAGCUACCCGGCCAUAUCUGCAUCUAAUCCCGCCAACUCCGCUGCGGGUAAAGUCGUCCUCAUCACCGGAGCUGGAUCAGGCAUCGGACAGGCAGCGGCCACCUCCUUUGCCCCCGCCAGUGCCAAGGCCCUGAUUCUCAUCGGCCGCCGCACGGAACCCCUGACGAAGACAGCAGCAAUCAUCUCUCAAAAGGGCCCUGACGUGCAAGUUCGCCUUCACGGAGCCGACAUCAACGAUGUCAAGACCUUGAAGUCUGUCAUGGCUGAGACUGUGUCUACCUUUGGACAAAUUGGCAUCGUCAUUCACGCCGCUGGCGUGCUCCUGGCUCUCGGCCCAAUCUCGACAAUGCCUGUCGAAGAACUUUGGAAAGCGCUGGGAGUCAAAAUCAAGGGUACUUUGAACGUGGCGCAGUCUCUAUCACCAAUUGGUGCCUCGGAGAAGAGUGCCGGUUCGAAACCUGUUCUGGUCAGCCUCAACACCGCAGGCAUGCUUAUGCCUCCUAUCCCUGGAAUGGGCGGUUACAUCGUCAGUAAGGCGGUUCUGCCGAAGUUGGUGGAGUAUCUGGCUGCCGAAAAUCCCGACAAACUAAGCAUUGUGACUAUUCACCCUAGUCUCAUCCGAACGCCGAUGGCGGUGGAACUUGAGGAGGCGGCAUUGAAGUUCCCUUACGAUGAUGAUCCGGGCCUGAAGGUUUUCAUCGCUAUUGGUGGCUGGACAUUCAACGAUCCAGGCCCCACGACCAGGACCUUUUCUGAUUUGGCCGCAUCUGUCACGAAACAAAAGGCUUUCAUCGAGUCUCUCAUGUCGUUCAUGUCUACCUAUGGAUUUGACGGCGUUGAUCUGGACUGGGAGUAUGCUGUGGCCGAAGAUCGAUCAGGAAGGGGCGUUGACUAUGUGAAUUUCCCGAAGUUCAUGAGCCGACUAAAGGCGUCCUUUAAUUCAGGUCAAAAGGGGAUUUCUAUUACACUCCCGGCAUCUUUCUGGUAUCUUCAGCAUUUUGAUAUUAUAGCACUGGCUAAAACAGCGCACUGGUUCAACAUUAUGUCCUGCGACCUACACGGAACUUGGGACAAGAACACCACCUGGGUCGGUGCCUGUCUGAAUGCGCGUAGCAACCUUACCGAAGUCGAUCUGGCCCUCGAUCUUCUUUGGCGCAACAAUAUCAACCCCAGUCAGGUCGUCAUGGGCCUUGGAUUCUCCAAAAUUGUACAAGAAAAAGAGGCUGUGAAAGUAGCUGCUUGGGGCAAUCCGGCCCAGUGUGUGGCCUGCGAUGACGAAGAGACCUUCCAACUCAAGUCCGAGUACGAUCAGACGCUGGCAAAGGUGGCGAACCGCAAGAUCCUCUUCCUGCUCGUGAACGUGGGUUUGAAAGAUGACCUGAUCGAGUUCGUCGACAUUCCCAACGAACAAUGCAGGUGGAUCAACUGCAACGUUGGCUGUGCUCCUGGAUGGGCGAUUGUACCGCGCAGGGACCCAGGGGCGCGAGGCAAAGAGUACAUAUUCGAUCAGACGGGCAGCGAUGGUACGGCCUUCCAUGCUUUCUGCUGUCCAGCGACUUGGAAGCAGCCAAAGUGCGGUUAG